AUGAGAAAUCAUACAGCAAUAACAACAUUCAUCUUACUGGGGUUGACAGAUGACCCAGAACUACAAGUUCUCAUUUUUCUGUUUUUGUUUCUAACCUACAUAUUGAGUGUGGCUGGGAACCUCACCAUUAUCACUCUCACGCUUUUGGAUCCCCAUCUUAAAACACCCAUGUACUUCUUCCUCCGGAAUUUCUCUUUCUUAGAAGUCUCAUUCACCACUGUGUGUAUUCCCAGAUUCCUGUAUAUGAUGGCGACAGGAGACAACACUGUUACGUACAACGCUUGCGCCACCCAGUUGUUCUUUGUUGUCUUCUUCGGGGCCACGGAAUUUUUCCUCCUCGCUGCGAUGUCCUAUGAUCGCUAUGUAGCCAUCUGCAAGCCCCUACAUUACACCACCUUAAUGAACACCCGAGUGUGCACCGUUCUUGUUCUCGCCUGCUGGUUUGCCGGCCUGCUGAUCAUCCUCCCGCCUCUUGGCAUAGGCCUCCAGCUGGAGUUUUGUGACUCCAAUGUGAUUGAUCAUUUUGGCUGUGAUGCCUCUCCCAUUCUACAGAUAACCUGCUCAGACACAGUGUUGAUAGAGAAGAUUGUCUUGGCCUUUGCCAUACUGACACUCAUUAUUACUCUAGUGUGUGUUAUUCUGUCCUACACAUAUAUCAUCAAGACCAUUUUAAAGCUCCCUUCUGCCCAACAAAGGAAAAAGGCCUUUUCCACUUGUUCUUCCCACAUGAUUGUGGUUUCUAUCACCUAUGGAAGCUGCAUCUUCAUCUACAUCAAGCCCUCAGCAAAGGAAGGGGUGGCCGUCAACAAGGUUGUGUCUGUGCUCACCACAUCAGUCGCCCCUUUGCUUAACCCGUUCAUUUACACGCUCAGAAACAAGCAAGUGAAAGAAGCUUUCAAAGACACAGUAAAACGACUUGUAUUUCUCACAAAGAGGUAA